AUGCCUUCAGCCGAACAAGUCUAUGUGGGUAUAUUACAGCUCAAGGAUGGAAAAGAUUCCGAGUAUUACAACGAUCUCGUCGCUGAUUUAAAUGAUAUUUACCAAAAAAUAUCUGUAGAGGACAGAUUUAUGUAUGUUUCUCAGAUUCUAAAACGUGAUCACGCAGAACAGUUCUCUCACCUUAGUACGCAGACAACAGAUUUCAGCUUUUUCCAGCAAUUCUCAGUAUCGCGUGAAGAAUCCUCGGAGGUGGUCCCGGAGGAGUUUAUAGACAGCGUGACGCAGGCGGUGAUGGAGGCGCCGGUGAUGCUGCACUCGUCCAAGAUGGUGGUAGACGAGUCGACGCUGGUCCGCCUGCUGCUGGAGUCGGCCUCCGACCCCUUCACGCGGCACCCUCUUGUCCACGGCUCCUACAGUCGCCUGCCCCACCUCCAGGCUGACAUUCUUGCCUGGAGAAACACUCCCAGGGCUCUGCCACAGUGA